UUAUAGAAUAGAUUUGUCUAUUCAGCUACCAUCAUAUACCCAUCCCUGAAAAAGUUGUUGCCUGUGAAGGAUGCCUUCGGCUGCGAAUGCAAAGUCUGAAAAACCAGCUUCGUCAGAAGCUGUAGACAAUUCUCCAAUUAAACAGAUUAUGAAGAUACUUGAACAUAAAAUACGCAACUUGGAAAAAAGGAAGAGUAAAUUAUCUUCCUACCGUGACUUACAAAAGGCAGGAAAGGAAUUAAAGAGUGACCAGAAAAUUGCAGUGGCUAAAUAUGAUGAAGUCAGCCAGACACUUGAAUUUGCAAGAGAUCUUUGCACUCAGGUCACAGCAAUAUCUAACUCUGCUGAGAAAGAAGCAAAAAAGCAGGCUAAAAAGGAUGCAUGGGUCCGAUCCACUGCAGAAACCAAUAAAAUCCGUGAAGUUCUCCUCAUUUUAGACUGCUUGGAACAAAUGGGAGUUUCUGAAGUAAGAGAAGAUUUUCUAAAUGGUACAAAUGGAGCAGUUAAACUACCCGAGGAAGACUUGAAAUUGCUUGAUGAUUUGUAUCCUGAAGUUUCCCCCAAACAUGAAGUCAAUGAAGAUGGACUAGCUGCAUUCCCAGCUCAGACAAUUAAGGCAGCUGAACAUUUAUAUGCAAUAAUUGAUGGUAAACCCAAAGAAGUAUUGGGAACAACUUACACACAUAUAAAGGAAGUAAUUGCCUUGGUGCAUGGAUGUGGAUAUUUUGAUAAGGCAUUUGAGGCUAUCCCCCCUGUAUGUGAAGAGGUCCAACAGGAACCAGAAGUUGAAUGUCAAGAACCUGCACAAGAAUUAAAUGAAGUUGAUCCAAAUACAGUAUAUGUUCCACCUGUAGCUAUACCCACUGCUCCACCCCCAACAGUUGUGCCAGCUCCGGGCUACCCUCUCCGGCAGCUUCCUCCCAUAACUCUUCAAGAGGUAGAGCAUGCAUAUUUCUCUCAACAAUAUGUUCAACAAAGACCUAUUUCAGAAGUCAUAGGAUCUCAAAACUUUUUCUUUUUACAAGAUUCAGAAAUUGAUAGUCCAGUGGGCACCCCACAGCCACCAAUAAUGAAUCAAACAUCACAGCCUGCACAAAUUCCUUCUCAAACAUUUACCAAUCAACAUUUUGUUCAAAUGCCACCAUCUCACAUUCCAGAACCAGGAACCAUUCCUAUGGCCCCACAAGCACAUUACGCUCCACACCCAGACCAUCCUGCAUUUACUGGUAUGCCAAUGCCGACUCCUAUACAAACACACCCACAAAAUGCUCUUCAACAACAAGUGCAUCCACAACAAAUACAUGUUCAAGCCUCACAUCCUGAGCACUCUUAUCCUCCACAGCCUCCGCAACAUGUUAUCACACAUAGUAUACCAGCCCCAAUGAUGCAACAACUUCAGAUACAGCCUCAUGAGAAUGACCAGCAAAGUAUUGACAAUGAUCAAAGUACUCCUCAACAUAAUGAUAACGACAACACAGACAUCAAAGAAAGCAGAAGUCCAGAACAUGAGGAUGGGAGUGAACGCAAAACUCAUGGUCAAGGAGAUGGACAGAAUAGGUUUAGGAGAUUCCGAGGAUCUUCCAGAGGUGCAUCAAAUGGUUAUCGCGGACGCGGAAACUUCCAGAACAGGCAAAGCAAUGAUAACUAUCAUGGAAGAGACAAUGAGUAUCGGAACAGGAAUAACAAAGAUGGUUAUCAGAAUCGACAGUAUAAUGAUAACUACCAAAGCAGGCACAACAAAGACUACCAGAGCAGAAAUGCAAAUGAUGGGUAUUAUGGUAAUGGAGAUACAGGUGACAACUACCAACAUAAUGAGAAUGGAGGACGUGAGAGAUACAAUGACAAUUCCCAGGGAUAUCAAGGAGGGUAUAAGGGACGUGGGCGGGGAGGGCCCCGUGGUGGACCUCGCGGGUCGGGCGCCUCCCGGCCACCACGUAACCACCAGUACAAUCGUAAACAAGACAAUGUAGAAUAAUGCGAGAAACCGUAAAGAGAAUCUCUUUACAUGUCGUGAAUUGUAUCAGACUUAAAUCAUUUGUGGAAGGCAAAUUUCACCGGCAACAACAGAGAUUAUGAUAAUAAAAAAAAUAAUCUAAAAAAAUCCUAAAAAAAAAAGUAAAACAAAAAACUUGAAACUUGAUAAAAAAUAGUUUACUUGAUUAGAUGUAUGAUAUAUGCAGUUAUUAUAAGUUAUGUUAAUUAUUAUAGGUUCAUGCUCAUGAUGAAUAGGCAAACCAUUAAAGCAGUGGUUGAGACAGGGGUCAUCAUCAGAGUGGUAUGUGUGAGAUUUUUUACCUAUCAUCACAUGAAAGUUAACUACGAUUUGUGUGGCGCUAUGAUGUUUUCCUCUACUGUCACUAGAUGGCGCUCUUUCGGCACCAUACAAAUUGUAGUAUGUCGCGACCGAACCGGUAAGAAAUCUCACACUUGACACUCGGAGCAUUGAAUCUGCUGAGGUCUGGCCCCUUAUUUGUCACUCAGUGCCUCAUCCUUGUGAUAAGUACAUGCUGAUGUGUAGAAUCAUGAAUUGUACCAUGGUUCUUCAAAUCUCAUUUACUAAUAUUCUUUAUUAAACUUGUAUGUUUGUUAAUUUGAUCUAAAAAUUAUUGCAUAAUUACUAAAACUGUUCUGCAUGGUCUGUUUUGAUUUUAUAUUAUUAUAUAUAAACUGAGCUGAUUUUUUAA